AUGCUUCGACGAUCGAUCAUGGCGGUGACGCGCCGGCGGGUCGAGGCCGCGCUCGGGACGUCCGCGCGGGCGUACAGCGGGGGGGGCGUGGUGACCAACUUGGAAAACGCCACGGGUUUGUACAAGGCGGAGCUCGAGGGGCGGCUCAAGGGGGAAGAUAUCUUCGAUCAUCACGCAUUUUUGCGCGCGCCGACGGGGACGAAAGAAUCGCCGUGCGUGGUGGAGUCGACGAUGGAGUAUCGCGUCGUGGGCUCGCCCGAUCCGGACGACGACUCCAUCAUUCACUGGGGACGCCUCGAGGAAGGCGCGCCGCCGAUGCUCAUCGGUUCCGAGUGGUUCGUGCACAAGCGCGUGCCGGGAGGUGGGCAUCAUUAG